AUGUCUGAAACCAACAAAGUAGAGAAUGGCUACCAAGGUGGUCCACCAGUUCAACGUGCAGUAACACCCGGUGGUCACGCUCAAGAUACUUCUCAACCCGCUUUCCCCGUUUAUCAUCGUAAAUUCGCAAAUCCUGCUCCUUUGGGUUUAUUGGCUUUCGCUGGUACAACUUUCAUGUUAAGUUUGUUCAACGUUAGUGCAAGAGGUGUUUCCAUUCCAAAUGCCGUCAUUGGUAUGGCUUUGGGUUACGGUGGUACAGCUCAAUUCAUUGCUGGUAUUUGGGAAUUCGCAAGUGGUAACACUUUUGGUGCAACAGCUUUCUGCUCUUAUGGUGCUUUCUGGUGGUCAUUUGCAAUCACUUUGAUCCCUUGGUUCAACGUUGAAGGUGCUUUUGACUCUAAAUAUGCUGCUGAAGGUACACACUACUUCGAUCAAGCUCUUGGUAUUUACCUUGCAUGCUGGUUCAUCUUCACAUUCAUUAUGCUUGCUGCCUCUUUCAAAUCUUCUUUGGCUUUGGUCUUGUUGUUCUUCUUCUUGGAUAUUACCUUCUUGCUCCUCUUCGUUGCUUACUUCACCGGUAAUGCCAAGGUUACAACUGCUGGAGGUGCAAUGGGUAUCGUCACAGCAGCCGUCGCAUUCUACACUGGUGCUGCAGGUCUUUUGAGCCCAGACACAAGUUACUUCUCCUUGCCCGUUUUGGACAUGUCCCGCAAGGAUUAA